AACCAACAGUUGGAGUGUUUGAAGAAGGAUACUCCCGAUGUGUAUGACACUCUCUGGGACCUCACCUGUCAUUAUCACACCUGUUUGCUCCAGAGUUCUCCUCCAGCGAAGACGAAGAGGAAGAUCAGCUUGAAGCAGUUUGCUGUUUACCUGUUUCCUAACUUGGAGGAUGAUUCCGAGGAGUCCAUACAUGAGUUAGGCGUUUUGACCCCUGCCGCUAUUAAUGAGCUGAUGGAGAAGAAUGAAACUCAUUCUUAUACCAUUGCUAGUGCCGAGGGGGCUUUUCCGGCCGGGACUAAGUUUCGAUCGUUCCUCUAUCAUGCCCAGAAGUCUAUCGAUCCUCGGUCUCUGUUAGCUGGCUACCUUGCUCUUUGGCUGAAGAAGUGUGUUGUUCCAUAUCAGUCUUCAGACGCUCUACCCCUCGAGGUGCUCUUCCCUGCGGUCCAGCUAGCUUAUGGGAGGGAGCUUUCUCUGCUUCCAGCGAUGGUUGCCAGCAUCCAUUGCGGGCUUAGGGGUGUAGUUCGUGUUCUUACCCAAGUGGGUUCUAAACCCUCGACUGAGCUUACCUGCCCGAAGGUUGAGCUGCCCUACGCUUAUUUGAUGGCGUGGUUCGUUCUUCACCGUCCGGACUUGAUGUCGGCGCCCAGCGCCGUUGAUGUUCCCGUUCCUUUCCUACAGCUGUUGGAGGAGAGUAGAUGGGUUGGGAAGAAAUUUGAAGAUGUACAAAAAGAACUUCGAGUUCGCAGGAACUGGGAGUUCUUCAAAUGCUUCCCUCGCUUUUCGGGACGUUAUGGCGAGGAGUUGACUGAUAUGGAGAAACCCCGAACUAACCGGACUGCUCUCGACGUCGGUUGUUUCCGCUGGUUGGUGAACAUCCGAGUCGGGUAUCUUGUUCUCCGGGUGAAGGACCGCUGCCACAUAGAGCCUUACCUUCCCUGCCGUUUCGCACGUCAGUUUGGCUAUGACCAACUAUACGUUGGGAAUCCGAGUCGUAGUUUGCGUGUUGAGGGAGGACUCGUUGACGGCGUACGGGCGUGGUUAUGGACCAUGGUUGGCUGCACCGGGGCUCAGUUUGCUCUUCCCUCCUAUAAACGCAAGCCGAUGAUUACCUUCCUCAGCUGUAAAUGGUUCCUCUCUGCCGAUGAAUCCAUAAGUGUGAGGAGUCUUUCGGAACUAGAAUCCGAUCACUUGGUUCAAUCUGCUAUGAUGGCUGCUCGCAGGGCUGAGCCUGCUCAGAGACAGAGGAAGAAGUCCACCGGAAUUCCCGAAGGGGAGUAUGCAGAUAUAGAUACCGACCAAGCAGAACUUGAUACAGGUGGGGUAGCCGACGACCAUGGGUCGCUCGCUUCCCGUCGUGCGAAAUCCAAGUUUGGUGGCCAAACUUCGCAUGACCGCCCCGUUGGUUCUAUGAGGGGUGAUCCUUCGAAAAGGAAAAAGAUUGCCCAUAAACCUCAUGUUGAUCAGCGCUCCCAUGGGGUAGAUUCAGGAGGCUUUGCCGACGGGGAGGAAGGGUUCUUCGAGGAGGGCGAGCUUCCACCAGGUCCGGUAUUCUCUGGGGCUGACAACAUGGACUGCUUCAUGCAGCAGGUGUGCGACGCCCUUCGUGAUGGCUCCCUGGGCAUUGAUCUGAACAUCGAUCUUGGGCAGGCAGAUGGUGUUGAUCCCACCGGUUCAUUUUCAGAUAUACCUACAUCCGGUGCUGCAGGUGUUGCGACAGAAGGGCCAGACGGGGAUGGGGCCUCCCCUAUUGCAGAUUUCGAAGAGCAGGGAUAUGUUCCUGCACCGGUCUUCCCGAGACCUGACUCUGGACUGUUAGCCGAUAUGUUAGCUGAACAAGCUCCCACCGGGACUGUGAGACCACUCUUUGAGAGUGAUUCAUCCACAGGCGCUGUACCUGAUUCUGCUAUAGCUUCGGGUGUUUUCCCGCCUUCGCCUAAUACGACUGACUUGCCCACGAGGGUUGAUAUACCUUCCAUGAGCAUUCCUGUCGUUACUUCGGAGCCUGUCGAACCCCAACCCGAGGGGAUUUCCGCCGGUAUAGGUUCUCGACCGUCUCUAUAUGAGCAGGUCCAUGCUCUCUUGGCCGAUACCAAUCCAGAUGGGGAUGUCUUCCGCACUGACCUCGGCUUCUUUACUGCCUUUUAUAACGGCGUGAUUGAUAAGCUUCUGCACAGAGGGUCUUCUUUUGAUCAGUUCAGGCGUUCCUUCUCCCGUCACAUGAUGAUGAUGAGGGAAGAGGGAUAUCCGGAUUUGGCCGAUUCCUUUACAGCUGAUUUCGCUGCCCUGGAGUCAGAGAUUCGAGAGCUGAGGGAGUUGAAGGCUGGUGGAGCUCCCUCUUUUGCAUCUUCUCAGGUGGAGGAUAGGUUGACGCAGUGGCAUGAACUGCGAUCUUCCGUUGGCAGCGAGCUUCGAUCACGUGAGCGCACUGUCGAGCAGCUGAUGGCCUCUCUGGCGAGGAAAGACACCAGCAGAGCUGAGUUAGUGAGCUCCUUAGAUUCCACUCGUGCAGAGAUAGCUAGACUGAAGGAGGCCUUGGAACGCGCCGAAGAAUCUGCCGCUACCAUUUCUGAGGAACUGGUUGGGUUGGAGCGUUCUCGUGAAUGGACACUCGACAGGCUGGGAUCAGUGCAGGAGGGGUUGAUGAAGCUACGACACGAAGCCGCAGAGGUUCUCAACAGUUCCGAAGAUUCUGUCCGAGCUAGCCUGCAGGCGGAGUUCGAGCAGGACUAUAUGGACAGGCUCUCUGGUUUAGAGUCUCAUAUUCUUAGCCGUCGGUUGCCUUCGGACUAACGAGCUUUUGUUGUAUGCUUUUGACUUGAUUUAUUAAUAGAAAAUCCGCAUUUGCUUCUUUUGU